ACGGCGCUGUGGUGACGUCACGAAGUAAUGGCCGCAUCCUCUAAGGAGGCGCUCGAACCCUGGCAGACGACCGCUCCGCGAAAGCGCUCAGCUCCGCGGCGGCCUCGGAGAACGGAGGUGGAGGCCCGAGGCCUUGAGACUGAGCCCGAGGCUGACACCAAAGUCGUGCUUCGUCGCCUCCAGGAGGCCGAGAAUGACCUGCUUAUCUCCACUUUCUGGAGUUCAGCAGUAGAAACCAUCAGCCGAUGCCUUACAGAACAGCUGGGACAGCAGAAGCCUGCUGCGAGGUCUCUGUCCGAAGACUUUGGAAACCUGCACCUUGACUCACCAGGUGAGUCCAGUGUGUCCCAUGCCUCCAGCCCAGGAGAGACCUUGGUCUCAGGAAUCUGCCAUGUGAAGUGUGUGUGUUACGGCAUUGGCAACUUUGCCACCUGCAUCACAGCUAGAACCCAGCUGGCAUUUCUGCUUCUCUUCCUGGACAAGUGCCAGACUCCUAGAAGUCAGUGCUGGGUCUAUGACCCUCUGUUCAGCCCACUCGAAAUUUCAGCUCUUCACAGCCUUGGUGUGACGGUCCUCAGUGAGAAUGAGGAAGGCAAGAGGCGUGUUUGUGGGGAGCCCACUGUCUUCUACAUGCUCCACUGUGGAACCGCCCUGUACAACAACCUUCUGUGGAGUAACUGGUCUGUGGAUGCCCUGUCUAGGAUGGUCAUCAUUGGGAACAGUUUCAGAGGCCUUGAAGAGAGGUUAUUGACAAGGAUUCUGCAGAAAAAUUAUCCCUACAUCGCAAAGAUUCUCGAAGGACUGAAGGAGGUGGAGUUUCCUCAGACUCCAGAGUACAUGGACACAUUUAAUGACACCUCUGUCCACUGGUUCCCUACACAAAAGCUGGAACAGCUCCCCAGGGAUCUGUGGACAUUUUGGGAAGAACCUGACUACCAGGGCUGUGAGGACCUUGAGAUCAUCAGGAAGACAACAGACUCUCCCGCUGCUGACACGAGCCUACCGUGAGGCGCUCAGUGCUGCAUGUGUGGAAUCUGCCACCUGCCAGGAAGACAGGCUCCCAGGGAGGGACACAGAGGAACCCUUUCUUUGUAGCGGGCCAAAUGUCAGAAAGGAGAACCGGAAAUACAGCAAG